GUUUAGUUUCUGCUGAUUAACACAACAAAUCCUCCUGCUGCUGGCUUCUUAUCCCCCCGUACUAUCAUUAGUCUUUGCAUAAGCUGGUGCAAGAAGCAGUCGGGAAGCACAGUGACAAAUUGGAAGACAUGUUCGAUUGCCUUCUCGGCUGGCGUAGAGCUUCCAAAUGCAAGAGAACAGUGAGGCAGCUUCAGGUUCGGAUGCGAGGGCUGAAGAACAAAAGGCAAGCCAUGAUCAGGCAGUUGAAGGAGGACGUCGCUCAGCUCAUCAAGCUUGGCUGCCAUGAUAUUGCUUUCAACCGGGUGGAGCAGCUGGUGAAAGAUGAGGACAUGAUCAAAGUUUUUGAAUUGCUAGACAAUUACUGCGACGUUAUCAUCAUUAACCUCUCUUACAUCCGAAAGCGCAAAGAUCUUCCGAACGACAUCAACGAGGCAGUUUCAAGCCUGGUAUUUGCAUCUGCAAGGUGCGGCGACCUCCCCGAACUACUAGUCAUCCGCGAGCUCGCUGAGGAUCGUUAUGGCCCGCGAUUUGAGAGGACCGCUCUUGAUCUCUUGCCUGGAAACCUUGUCAACCAUCAGGUGAGGAAGAAGCUCACAGUUCGAUCCGUUUCUGACGACGAGAAGCUGAGAUUGGUUGAUGAAAUCGCCAGAGAAAACCGCCUUUUACCGGAGAUUGUGGUUCUAGAUUACCCUCCAAAACUCGCACAGAAACAGGACAAGUUACCACCACCAAUCGAAGUCCUCCAAGUUGUAGAGCCUGGUGAUGAUGAGCAGCAACAACAGCCUCCUCCUCCUCCUUCGUCUUCUUCUUCUUCCUCCAGAGGAAAGAUCAAUAAACCUGAUCACCAUCAGCAGGACUACUACUGCGAUUUAUCAUCAUCAUCAAGCAACUGCUUCAGCUCAAUCCUCCAGCCAACAACUUCAGGCUGCAGCCAGAAUUCCUUCUCAACGAUCACCACUUCUUUCAGCUCAUCCGCCAUGGCUCAAUCUUCACAGGACGAAUUGGAGUACCUCAUGAACCGAAUCGGCACCAACGAAACCCUGAUGCCUUACAUGGCUGAACACGAAACCUACAUUCCAGAACCACCAAAACAAGAAAUCAAAUCCCAGAAGCAGCGAAAGGCCGCGUCCUCCACAGAGAGCCUGCCUCAGUUUCCUGAAGAAGAGAUGCUCGUGUACCUAGACGACGUGGAAGAAGUACAGUCCUCCAUUAGCGGGAAAGAAGGAAGCUUUCAGGACCAGAGGGUCUUCAAGUUCAGAACCCAUAAAGUCGACGAGAUCAGUGACUACAGGGAGGAUGAUACGGAUGAGUACGGAUCUUCAGGGGACGGAUCGAGGAGCUCGAUUCGAUCGAGAAAGAUGGUUAAGAACACUGUCAGGAAAAGAUCGAGGAAGAGAUCGGUUUCCAGGGAAAACCCAGAAUUAGUAAUUGAAGGAGACAUUAUGUACUAUGAAAACCCUCCAUGGAAAAGGCCUCCAUUGAUCCCUCCCAGUCCCAAUCAGAAACAGAAAUCUGAGCUUCACCGACAUCAGGAAGCUCGUAAACCCUGUCGCGAUCCUUCAAAUGUGGAGGAAUCGGAGACAGAGAAGGAAUGGAGGGCGUUCCAGGAGAAAUUCAGUAGGAAGAGCUGUGAGUUGAGCGGUGGAGGAAUGAAGCCGCCAUAUUCAAGAGCAAUGUCCAUGCCGCAGGAAAGGAGUAGCUCGAAAUGUCAGUCGGAGAACAUCGACAGAACGAUGUCGUUUCCAAAUCAGUCGCCGAACCACGUUCACCCCAAGUUGCCGGACUACGAUGAUUUGGCGGCGAAGUUCAGGGCUUUGAAGAAAGAGCAUAGGGGGAAUGGGCGCUACUGA